AUGACUUCGGACAUACUAAACUGGUAUCAAACCCUGCAGUCACGAACUGUGGACUUGGUAGGCGAUUACGCAGGCAACGACCUGUUCAUAAUCGACGGCAAUUCGAUUUUAAUAGACGUACUUUCCAACACAAAGCUAGAUCUCUGGCCCGGGUUUCAACUUCUGCACGCUACCUACCUGGUAGAGAAGUUCCUGCAUAAGCUCUAUCGCCGAAAAUGCAACUUCCAUGUUGUCUUCUUCGAGAACCAGGCGACCGUCUGUAUUCCUGACGGUUGUCCUAGAGAACGCCGAUUGCGGUACCUAUGUGCAAGAAAACUUAUUAUGGAGCAUCUGCGACAGAACCUGAUGACUGUCCCCAUUCCCGAUGGGAAUACUGUCAAGGUCCAUGUAUUUGAAUCUUAUCAUGCUUCGGACUUCCAGAGUUAUCUUACCACUGUUGGGGCUUAUUUCAUUAUGUCUCAUGAUGGAGCUGGUCCGCAGUCCGCAGAAAAUUCCACCGUCAAGGUCGUUCUUCGUCAGAUGAUAAAUUGGUUCAUUUGGAAAGGGUACAACGUUGCAUUGGUUAAUAAUUUGCAAUGCCGCGAUACCAAGGUAAUGGCUGUGGUCCUGGAGGGAUUCGCAUCAAAUGCCAUGACGGCGUCAGAAGAUGCCCUUCCAAGAACCCCGAAGAACUUUGACGACGAUGCAAUCAUCACGGUUAUAUUACAGAAAAUACCCGAGGCGCUACACUUUACGCAGAGAGAUAUGCUCAUAAUCUCUAGUAUCUGCUACAUGCUUAUGACAGGUACAACAUCCGUCUCCGAAUAUCGCGCAAUACUGCUCCAGGCGGUUCUACUGCGCAAAUAUCGGAUACGAGAUCGUGUUACCGAAAAGGCAGAAGACAGUAAUGCUAACGAAUUCCUAAGCAAGUUUUUCGAAACAAUGCUUUGUAUCUUGGAGUGUCCAUCAUGGGAGCAAAAGCUGAAACAGACCGAGGCAAGAUGCGAUCUCGGCGAUUGCAUCGACGGCAGGCUAUUUUAUCAUCUUUUGAGAACCACAUCGGAUGCAUGUUCUUUGGAUUACUUUGAGGACUCCGUUAAGUCCGAUGUUGAACAAUUAAUCUCUAUUGUGCAGGGCAUCUCUGGUAUUGAAAUGAGGAAUGACUCGUGCAAGUUGAAUAUAGUUCAAGGUGCUCAAAACCAUCAAGUUGUGGGUUCUCAAGGCUCGCCAAUUAAAGCAACGGUUCUCCCAUUCAGACACCCCGUCUUUGAUACUCAUCUACAGUCUAUUCAUCUAAAUGUUGACGCUAGUUUUGAAAGGGAGUCAGAAAGUAAACUGAGAAUUUUCAGGGAACUCACUCAUUGGCAUAACCACAAGAAUAAACUUCAACCUCGCGCUCCGCAAAGCGUGCCGGAGCAUAUUAUAAAGAGAAAUCAGAGAAGAAACCAUCAUUUUCUGGCCGAUAUGAUGGUCUAUGCUGCAAGCAUGACGAAUACUGCUGGUGGCAUUCUGGAGCCGGAGACAAUCCAUGUCUCUUCUGGUACUGCAAGGAAAAUUCAGAAAGCGAAGACCGCCGAAACACAUCACAUUGUUGCUGCGGCUGCGGCAACAGUCGCGAAAAAACAAACGCGGAAAAACGAGGCAUCAAUGAGAGCUAUGGUGACAACGAUCUCAGAUAUUGACUCUUACCCAAGUCUAGAGCGUCGUUAUUGGAAAUUGAACCAACAUCUGGCAUCACUUACUAGUGAGAAACGUUGCGCUGUAGAGGCAGAACUCAAAAUAUACUUGGUUCACAUUUUGAUGCAGAUUUGGAUAAAAUGCUGCCAAGAGUACACGAAAAACGAGUCAAUGCAUAUCCCUGCAAUUAUAUGGGAUACUUUGGGUCAGUUGGUCAGAAUUGAACACAACGCAACAUCCACAAUAUCAGAAUGCGUGAACAAGGUGAUAAAAGCCAUCGGGCUACCGAAGGUAACUGUACAUGCAAAUGGAACCGCUAAACUUGCAUUUGAGUUUGUGGAUACCUCAAUUCCUGGUCUCAACAUUGAAAUCGCGCCAGCUAUGUUUCAAUUAAUCCAUGCCGGUCCGUAUAUGGACCGCAGCAUAGGAUCCGCACCAGAUUCUCGCGUCCUCGACUUUCAUCCCGAUGAGUGGCAGCGUAAGGUGCUGGAUCAGAUUGACGCGAAGAAAAGCCUCUUUGUCGUAGCACCAACUAGUGCCGGGAAAACCUUCAUAUCGUUCUAUGCAAUGAAACAAGUGCUUCAGGAGGAUGAUGAUAGUGUGCUGGUCUACGUUGCACCGACCAAGGCGUUAGUCAACCAAAUUGCUGCUGAGAUACAAGCUCGCUUUUCCAAGACGUUCAAGUACGCUGGAAAAUGCGUUUGGGCUAUUCACACCAGAGACUAUCGGAUCAACAACCCUACUAGUUGCCAAAUUCUUGUGACGGUCCCACAUAUUUUACAGAUAAUGCUUCUCUCCCCGUCUAACGCCAAAACAUGGUCACCACGGGUGAAACGUAUCAUAUUCGACGAAGUCCAUUGCAUCGGGCAAUCGGAUGAUGGAGUCGUCUGGGAACAACUUCUCCUUCUAGCGCCGUGCCCCAUCAUUGCAUUAUCUGCAACAGUGGGGAAUCCUGAAGAAUUUAAGAACUGGCUCGAACUCGCCCAACAAGCAAAUGGCCACGAAUUGACUAUGAUCAAACACCCUCACAGAUAUUCCGACCUUAGAAAGUUUGUGUAUCACCCACCCGAUAGCUUCUCGUUUAAUGAGCUCCCGUCUACAUCUGCGCAGAUUAAACCGCUGGGGCUGGAUGACCAUCCCGAUAUGGCGUUCAUACAUCCAGUCGCCAGCCUAAUUGAUCGCUCACGUGGAAUGCCCGACGAUCUGACUUUGGAGUCCCGUGACUGCGUCAUGCUUUGGGAAGCGAUGAGAAAACAUCAAACACCGGAAUUCCCACUAGCCGAAUCCAACGGUCCUCCCAACGUAGAUAUUAUCUGCAAAGUGCACGUCAUAAAAUGGCAGGAAAAGCUGAAAAUUGUCUUGAAGACGUGGAUGGAAGACCAUGACUCACCAUUCGAUGCAGUAUUGCUAGAACUAAGAAAAUUCCCUGCAAGCACAAAACGACCCCUGAGUGAAAUGUCGCCGAAAGGGGAAAGCAUUAGAGAGACUUCGGCGGUAAACGAGAAGAGACUUCAGGAUACCACUCUCCCAUUACUUUGUUCUCUCCACGAAAGAGAUGCGCUACCUGCAAUCUUGUUCAACUAUGAUCGCAGUGUUUGCGAGGGCCUUGCAUCUCAUGUUGUUAAAGAGUUGGAGGAUGCAGAGAUAAAGUGGAAGCAAAAUUCGAAACCUUGGACAGUGAAGUUGGAUAACUGGGAGAAAUGGAAGACAGACGAAGAGAAGCGAGCCAAGUCGUCUCCGAAAACACCCAAGCGAAGUGGUCAUCAUGAGCAAGGAAUGACCAAAGAUGAUUUGAGGCGUGAAGUCGCGACCUCAGAGGCUAGUCCUUACGCAUCUUUUAAUCCGGAAUCUCCUAUCGAUGGAUUUCACUUUGCAAAUUUCAAGAAACUUACUGAUAUGGAAUUUCAAAAGUAUGCUAUGGAUUUGAAGUAUCGAGAGGUUCCUCAGAAAUUCAUUGAUGCAUUGAAACGCGGCAUAGGCAUCCAUCAUGCUGGUAUGAAUAGAAAAUACCGACAGAUUUGUGAGAUCCUUUUCAGAAAAGGUUACUUGAGAGUUGUCAUCGCGACUGGCACUCUUGCCCUUGGUAUUAACAUGCCAUGCAAAACCGUUGUGUUUUCUGGGGACUCUGUCUUUUUAACAGCAUUGAGUUUUCGUCAAGCGGCCGGCAGAGCUGGUCGGAGAGGGUUCGAUGUCCUUGGUAAUGUGGUAUUCCAAGGUGUGCCUUACUCAAAAGUAUGUCGUCUACUGAGUUCCAGGUUACCUGAUCUCAACGGUCAUUUCCCGAUAACGACGAGCUUGGUUCUGCGGCUUAUGAUAUUAGUUGCAGAGGCUGGUCAGGGUUCAUACGGUAAAAGCGCUAUUGACUCUCUGCUGUCAUCCUCGAGGAUGUGUCUCGGUGGUGAAGAGUCAAAGCAUACGAUUCUUCAUCAUUUACGUUUCUCUAUCGAAUACCUGCGGCGGAACAAUCUUUUGAGCUCAGAAGGAAGGCCCUUGAAUUUCGCAGGGUGUAUUUCUCAUCUUUAUUAUACUGAGAAUUCGAGCUUCGCGUUUCAUGCUUUAUUGAGCAACGGGUAUUUUCAUUCUCUUUGCAAGGACAUCAGAGAUAACCCUGAAGACGUCCUUCUUGAGAUGAUGUUAGUUAUGUCUCAUCUUUUUGGACGCUAUUACGUUCCGAGUGCGGUUCUCGAAUCCUACGAAGUUGCUGCGAAGAAAUCACCUUCCAUUGUCGUACUUCCACCACUUCCGGAGCCAGCCGCUAAAGUUCUUCGUCAUCAUAAUCAAAAGACCCUCGAUAUUUAUGCAGCAUAUGUCUCUACAUUCAUUGAUCAGCAUGUAGAGGAAGAAGAUUGUAUCCUUCCAUUUACUAACAUGAAAUUCGGAGGGGACGUACCAGCGAAAAUAUUGAAUACUAAAUUAGCCACGCGCACCCCUGUUCGCGUCAACUCCUCGUUUGUGGCACUCUCUGGACAUCGCGACGGUCAGUGGAAGAGUAUUUCCGAACUAUGUGACAUGGUUCGAAGUGGUGUCUGGUUAGAAGAAUCUGUUGUGCCGUACGUAGGAGUCUAUCCAGAUGAAGGAAAUGGCCCUCUCAACGCAUACCUGUACGACUUUUUCAAACACGGCAACAAGACAGAACUAAUCCGGGCGAAUAAAGUCCGACAGGGUGAUGUUUGGUUUGUAUUGAACGACUUCUCUCUUGUGCUUGCUUCAAUUGUAACAAGUCUAGCAAACUUGUUGAACAUUUCUCCUGAUGAACCGGAAAUGGAUGCUUUGCAAGGCGUGGGUGAGGCACAUGAGCAAGCUGUGGAAGACGCCAUUUUGAGUAAAGAUGAGUCAGCGAUUGCGGCUGUGCAGCAACACAACCAACCAUCUUCCCAAGCUAAGGCAACCAGCAUUGUGUCGAAAAGGACUAAGAAUUCAGAGCAAAAGAUCCGUGACAGUUGGGACGAUGAGGAAAGCGAGGAAGACGAUGCAUCAGCAACGCAGACGGAAAGCCAGGACGACACACAAGGAUUUUCUAGUCUUGAUGAGUUCGACCACAAUUCGAAUGCGUAUCUGCUUGAUGUUUUCAGAGCUUUUACGAUGCUCAAGAGCAGAUUCGAUGAGCAAUUUAAAGCCAUCUGGUCGUAG